AUGCCUACUCAGCGCUUUAGAGCAAUCAUCGUCGGAGGUGGGCCAGUCGGCCUCACAGCCGCUCAUGCCCUCUCACGCGCCAACAUUGACUUCAUUCUUCUUGAACGUCGAUCAAGUGCAGUCAUUGACGCCGGCUCCAAUCUCGUCCUCAACCCCAUGGGCCUGCGCGCUCUGGAUCAGCUUGGUCUCGCUGCUCCUCUUGAGCAAGUCAGCUCUCCUCUUGGUCUGAUCAACCGCCAAGACCACCAGGGCAACGAUAUCGGAGAUGCGUACUGGUUCAUCCUGUUUAACAAACUACUUGGAACAUUUCCUCGAGUAGUCAGCCGCCACGACCUCACCAAAGUCCUCUACGACUCUUUCACUCCUGUCCAGAAGAGCCAGAUCCUUACCGACAAGAAAGUCGCCGACAUCAUCCCCAGCGAAACCGGCGUUCAAGUCUCCUGCGACGAUGGAACAUCUUACGAGGGAUCCAUCGUCAUCGGGGCAGAUGGCGCUCACAGUUUCGUCCGCAACAAGAUGCGAUCUCUUGCCGAACACGCAGGCUCUGGUGAUGUCAACGACGAGAAACCCUUCCUGACCACAUUCCGAGCUCUCUGGCUGCGUCUGCCUACCAAGUACGCGGGCAUCGAGCCUGGCACCACCUGUGAGACUCACGGUCCUGGCGCGGCCACACAGCUCUUUGCCGGUGAGGAUUCUUCCGUCAUGGGUCUCUAUGAGAAGUUGGAUGCGUCUACUCAGGAUCGUAUCCGAUACACUGAGCAGGAUCAAGUCAAUCUUGUUGAGCGAUGGGGACACAUCCCUCUUGCGCCUGGCGGCAAACUUACCCUCAAAGAGGCCUUCAAUGCUCGCACUCAGUCUGGCCUCGUGAGUCUCGAAGAAGGCGUCGUCAACCAUUGGAGCUGGGGCGGUCGUGUCGUUCUCGCAGGUGACUCAGCACACAAGUUCACCCCCAGCACGGGCUCAGGUUGCAACAACGGCCUUAUCGACGUCGUCGCCCUGGUCAACCAGCUCUACGCUCUUCGCCAGAAGUCCCCCACCCCAACCCAUGCUCAACUCGCCACGGCCUUCCAGUCGUACCAAGCUUCGCGCAUGGAUCCGGUUGUUGAAGCUUGCCGUGGCUCGGGUCAAGCGACUGCCAGCGCCACUUGGCAGACUGGUGUAUUCAAGUUCAUUGACAAGCACAUCAUUGGCAUCACCGCCAUUCAGAACAUGCUGUUCGGACUGGGUGCACCCAAGAUGGCCAAGUCGCCCAAGUUGACUUUCAUCAAAGGACCGGAGAGACAUGUUGGCAAGAUCGCUUGGACAGAGCCUCAGGAGAACAAGGUUUACUGA